AUGGCUCGCGGUAACGCCCAACAAACCCAGGUCUUCUACAAGGGCAGCAGCGGCGACCAGUUCACAGUCUUUAUUGACAGCGAGGAGGAACUCAAGAAGUGGAAGGCAGACUCGAGUAUCCCACUUACGAGCGUAGUUGCUGGCUGGAAGAUUCUGGUACCUGAGCACGGCAAGCAGGGCAUCCUAAACACGGCCAGCAAGCAACAACUGGAGAAUGAAUUCGGCACUUCAAACGAGGAUGAGAUCAUCAAGAAGAUCCUCACCUCUGGCUCUGUGCAGUCGAGCGAGAACUCCGAGCGCAUUGGCAUCACCAACGACUCCAAGGGCCCCAUGAUCGGCCACUAG